CUGACGUCCUUUUGUUAUCAUCGAUCUAAAAGUAUUUGGAGUAUGAAGGAAACCCACCAAAAACUCGAUCUCUCUCCUCAGUGAAGUCGUCACUGCGCCACGUCGCCGUCGCCGUCGCCGUCGCCGUCGCUUCCACCUCUCAGCAACACGCAGCAAAACCUUCUCGCAGUAUCUCUGGACUCUAGGUACUCUCAGAAAUCAGAAAGCAGGAAUAAAGAGAUUUGUGGAGGCAAAUGGAGAACGGAACCCUUGGAAGUAUAAAUCUCAGUGGUGGUGGUGAGCCGGAGGUGGUUGAUCUGAGUGGGAAGAUUCACCUUCUGCCUUGCUCCAUCAAGUUCGAUGGCCCUUGCUCUGUUUCUCACUAUUUUAGACCCAAACCCACUGAGAUGGAAGUUGAGGGACUAAGAGUGGACGAAGCUCAUUUCAGAGGAAGGAAGCUGCAAGGGACCACCAUUUCUCUUCCGGAAGCCUAUUCUGGACUUGUCCUGGGAAAGAAAGGUCUUGGGAAGAGAAAAGCUUCCAAUAUGUCUGAAGGGAACAAAAACUGUUGGGAGAUGAAUGCAAAGUUUAGGAACAUAACAUAUUGGAAACACGACAGCCUUCCGUCACAGCAUGACCCUUUCCUGCGUUCUUUUCACUGGUUUGCUGUGGCAAAAGCUAUGCAUCAGCCUGUUGAAGCUGAAGAGUUGGUUUCUGCUUCUAUUGCACUGGAGAAGAUGAAGUAAGAACUAUGGUCAGAUUACUUUGCUUUGUAGUAGAAUACUAGAUACUAAAUGGUUGCACAAGAAAUGCUAUAAUAGAUGAGUUAAAUUUAAUAAAUCUCUCGCUCUCGCUCCCUCUCCUCGGGAAACACAUGAAUUUGCAUGCAUGCAGGCAAUGUAGCAUCCUGUUUGGGCACAAAUGUAAAGAUUACAAGUA